GUCCCUCCCGGAAUGAGGAGCCGUGGCACCGCCUCCAGUUGCAGCUGCAGCGGAUUGAGGCAUUGUGAUAUUGUUAACAGCAUCUUCACAAGCAUUAUUAAAACUGUGCGCAGAUUACAAUGAAUGCAGAGCGGUGUUACGUUUUCUGGAGAGGUGCGAAGGCUAGGAAUACACCAGUCAUCAUGAGCUAAAAGUAUAUAAAUAUAUUCUUUUGACGUGAUAAAACAGUAUUUCGGGAAAGUAAAAUGACCGACAAGGAAGGUGAAGCACUUUGUGCUGGUGGCGCUGAUCUCCUGGAAAGCAGUGCCAAUCAUGAUGGCCUGCACAUCAUGCAAGGCGAGCAUGAAAUGGAGAACCACCACCUGUACAUCCAUUGUGAACAUGAUUCCCUUGAUAUAAAUGAGGAAGACUAUACUCUGGCAGCCCAGGACUGUGAGCAAGAGGAGCACGAGGUGAAGGCAGGGGGCUUGCUUCAUAAACAUUCAGACUGUAUCCACCAGGAUUCCAGGGUAACGAAGGGACAACAGAGCAAGGCCCUGAGUGGACAGUCUCAGAUGCCCCUCAUCGCAGUGACCACCUUUAUUUGCGGGGACUGUGGAAAAAACUUUGUGAGGAAGUCAGACUUUGUCGUGCACCGCCGCAUUCACACAGGGGAGAGACCCUACGAGUGCUCGUUUUGUGGGAAGGGUUUCUAUCAGGCGUCCAUGGUGCGCAGACAUGAGCGAACUCACACAGGAGAGAAACCCUACCGCUGCUCAGAGUGUGACAAGUGCUUUGCACGCUCCACCUCCCUCUUGAUACACCAGAACACGCACACCAGGGAGGGUCCCUUCGAGUGUCCCUUCUGCCAGAAGACCUUCUCGGAUCCCUCCACCCUGCAGCAGCACCGCAAGGAGCACAUGGGCCUGAAGCCCUUCCUGUGUGGGAUCUGCGGGAAGUCGUUCAGCCAGUCCUCCAGCUACACCUUCCACAAGGCCACCCACACCAACGAGCGGCCCUUCAAGUGCUCACAGUGUGGGAAGGCCUUCAUCCGCUCCACGGCGCUGCUCAAGCACCGCCAGACCCACGUGCCCAAGUCCUUCAGCUGCGAGGAGUGUGGCAAGACGUUCCCUAAGCUGUCUGGCCUCAGGUCCCAUCAGAGAGUGCACAAGCAAGGCAGGAAAAUCAAGAAGGAGCUGCUGGCUUGCCAGGAGCCCUCAAAAUACAAACGUGUUGCAGCGGCCUCCUUUGGUCAUUGCUCAAAACAAAAUAAACGGGGCAUGUGCAGACAGAUAAGCAUCAUGGAUGAUCAACAGCUGGAUGAACAAUCAGGUGAAACACCUUGUAGCAGUCAUUCCUCCUCCAGCACCUCUAGGAAAAGGACAAUGACAGUUCCAAGGCGAAUUAAAAACAGGAAGAAAACUGAUUUAAAGCUACCUGAUGAUAACAUUUCAGCCUGCUCUUUAGGAAACAGUGCGGAUAAAAAGCAUGCAGCAGUGGACCCUCUCGGCAAUGGUGAGGCGGCGCCAAGGUCACUGUAUCACAACUUUACUUUCAUCAACUCUGAAGGUGUUGCAGGUAACUAUGAUGUUCCAUCUGAUGAAGACUCCAACAGAGUGUCCUCUGCUAAUUUUGACAGGGGGCGAGUCGAGAACAGUCUAAAUGGGGUGUCAAAUAAAACAGGGGAGGGAAAGGACCUGGACACCAUGGUUUAUAUGCAGUGUGAUUCUGAGGAUUCGUACAACCACAGCUUCACCAUUGUGCACAUGAAGGCCAAAGAGGAGCAGUCUGCUGAUGGAGAGGAGGAAAGCCUGUCUUCUGACUCGAUAGGAAGGAGCAGGGAUGAGAAUGGGGAUCAAGAGAAGAAGAUCAAACUAAGUUCGGAGGAGCUUAAACAACAGGAGCCUACAAAAGAGACUGUCACCGCUGAAGUAAUCCAGAAAAAGAAAGUGUCAGACAACACCGGCAAGGACACUGAGAACAGGCCCUACAAGUGCAUGCAGUGUGGCCGAGCGUUUAAAAAGUCCAGCAACCUGCUGAGCCACAUCGAAACUCACAGCGGGCUGAAGCCGUACUCGUGUGAGCUCUGUGGGAAGGCGUACUCACACCAGGGCACGCUGCAGCAGCACAAGAGGCUGCACACAGGGGAGCGGCCGUACAAGUGCCCGUACUGCGACAAGACGUACAUCUGGUCCUCGGACUUCCGCAAGCACGUCCGCACUCACACGGGGGAGAAGCCGUAUGUGUGCGCGGCCUGCGAGAAGGCGUUUGUGCGCUCCUCGGACCUGCGCAAGCACGAGCGCAACAUGCACAACAACAACAAGCCCUACCCCUGCCAGGAGUGUGGCAAGACCUUCAACAAGCCGCUGUCUCUGCUCCGGCACCAGCGCACCCACCUGGGGGAGAAGCCCUUCAGCUGCCCCGACUGUGGGAAGGAGUUUGCGGUGGCUAGCAGAAUGGUGGAGCACCAGAGGACCCACACUGGGGAGCGGCCCUUUAUCUGCCCCAUCUGCGGCAAGUCCUUCACCAAGUCUUCCAACCUCUUCGAGCACCAGACCCUCCACUCGGGGCAGCGCCCUUUCAAAUGCUCGGAGUGCGGGAUGUCCUUCGCCCAGUCGUCCCGGCUCAUCCGCCACCAGCGCAUCCACACCGGGGAGCGGCCCUUCGUCUGCCCCGAGUGCGGCCAGGCCUUUGCCCGCUCCUCCACCCUCAAGCGCCACCAGCAGAUCCACUCGGACGAGAAGGCCUUUCUCUGCACGCAGUGUGGCAAAGCCUUCCGCCACGCCUCCCAGCUGACCCAGCACACCCGCGUCCACACCGGAGAGAGACCAUACCAGUGCCCCCAGUGUGGGAAAGCCUUCACCCAGUCCACCCACCUCAUCCGCCACCAGAACAAACACAGCCUGGAGAAGGCAGAGCCGGUGUUGGAGGAGACUGACUCACUUUAUAACUCUUCUUGCAGCCCACGGCCGGCCUCUGGAAUCAUUUAGCCCCAAAUUAUAUAAUUUCUAUUUUAUAUCAUUGUAGCGUGUUGUGCACACACCAUAAAUGUUCAUCUGUAUAAUAGUUGUAAAUUUUACAUGCACUGGAAAACAUUGCAGUUCUAAGAGGUGCAUAUGGCCUGGUUUGAACAAAAAAUGCUACAAUGAGUAUAGGCAUCAUAAAUUCAAAAGACACUACAAAUAUCAACUGGUAGUUUUGAAAAGCAGUUUGGCAUUCGUUUGUGAUUUUAAUCCUGAUGAAUGAUGCUGAUCGCUACCCAGGGUACAGGGGUUACGGGUUUAAACUGAAACAAAAUAAAAAAAAUUUAAAAAGCAUUUACAGGUCAGCUGUAAAUAUCUGAAAAUGUAAGAAUCUGGUACACUAUAAAUGAUUUGCUGCUUUUACCUGGUGUGGCUCAAGAAUACAAACUAUAUUCUAAAGCGGCUGAUGGUAAAUCAUUUUGCAUGUGUUAAAUGUAGUUUGCCGAGUUGGAAGGUAUACUUUGCCUUAAUGUCUCUUCUUUAUAUAUAUUUGAUUGACCACAGUGGAAUUCAGAAGAAAUGUUCUCUUGCAUUUGUACCAUUGUACCCUGACAGUAUUCAUAGUAAUUCAUAGCAGUGCACUUUUAUCUGUUGGAAUAUCACAGUUUCACAGUCUCAGUAUUUUAAUGUCAGGUGCUUCCAUUCAUUCAUUGCUGUUGUGUCGCGUGGGCCAAAAAUAGGGCAGAAACUUCCAGAGGGUGUUUCUGUAAUUCUAGUUCACAGUAAAGGGAUUGAUGUGACAUGAAUGUUAAACAAAUGUUGAGUUUCUAAAAAGAGAUUGUUAAAAAAAAUAAAAUAAAAGCAAUUCAACUGCUAAUGUAAAACAAUAUAUGUUGUUGGAUAAAAACUUAGGCAGAGAUAACACUCGCCUUUAUUAAGAGCACAUUUUGAAAUCCUAAUUUAGGUGGCUUUUCUAAAUGAGAACACUGUAAUCAUGGAAUAUACUUUUUGCACUUACAUAUUUGCCAAUGAGAGUUUGGAGAAUGUCACUUAACUAGUGAAAAUGAGCAUUGUGUUAAUAAACUGCAUACUAUGUAAAA